UCUUCCGCGUUAAGGCGAUCGCUACUAUAAUCAUUUCGGCCAGCUAUACAACUGAGAACUCGGACUGGCGUAAUAUUUGCAAUCGCUCCUGCGUCAUCCCUCGACGUGACGACCGACAUGUCUCCGCCACAAACGGUUGGUAUCUCCAGCUCGACACUGGGACGGUCGAGACCAAAUUUACGUACCCAACGGUCACUGCCGCCUCCACCUCCCGAAGAGAUUGCGAGGCACGAGAAGAGAGCCUUGCCGCCGCUACCGUCCCGACGAAAUUCCGUGCUCUCAGCUUUCAGCAAGGAGGUGGAUGAGGCUCUGGCCACCCCCGAGCCCGUGGUCAGUCCUGACGAUGGUAGUACUAUCCAUCUCAUAUUCUGCGAUGAGACUUUGCCAGGUGACGCGCAUGCUGAGAUUAGCUGCCAAGCAGACACAUGCCUAGACAAGAGCCGGCACAGGGAGGACCUCAGAAUCGAUACUGAGCUUGUCCGCAGCGUCGAGUCUGACACGCCUACUUUCCCACACCCACAGUCGAAGCUACAGCUGCACGGCGGAGUCUCCCCCCUGAGCGACGACAGUGGCGACUACAGCCCCGGGGAACCCAGAACUGCAGUUUCCGAUGUGGAUGGCGAUGUAGAGGGUUACGGUUGGAGUCUCUCUUCAGGGGUGGCUUGGGAUUACCUGGGCUCUAGCUUCUCUCAUCGACGCAGCAUAAGGUCGUCCGCCAUCCCGAGUCCCCUGCGUGUCGCGAAGCCUCCAAAACCCAGUAGCACCCCCGAAGGGGAAUUGUCGGGAUUCUCCACGUACGAUGGACACUCUUCCCGGCUUGUGCCCUCGCCUCGAAUCGAGAACGAACGGGGAGGUUUGUGGAGGGACACAGCUAGCACCAAGUCCACCCUAGAUAUGAACCUUGAAACGGCUAAAGAGCUGUCUCAAGGGGACUGCUGGGCUGCACAGCAAGCACAAAGCACCAAACAAGCACACGUCGCUGCACUGCAGGUGCCCCAGGCGAAAAGAGCAAGUCAUGCUAGUGACCAUCACCGCCUCGGGGUUAAACACCUCCCUCCUCCCCAACACCGUGUCCAUCGCCAGCCGGAGCACUCCCCCAACCCAAGACCGUCGUGGAGCACCGAACAACUGGGACCCGCUUGGCGGCCAACCACUGUCCACGACACCCCCGGCGCAGUAAAUGCAAGCACAUUCGGCGGCCGCCUCCCGCAGCAGCAGCAGAAGUCAGUCUUGCCGUCUCCCUCCCCAAGCUCCUCAGGGCCCCGUAGCAGAUUUAGCUGGGACUCGGACACCUCUCCGCACGACGCCGUCGGCAGCCCUGAGACUGGCGGGUCCAUUUCCAUAUCCACGGGCAGCAACGAUAUGACCGGUGAUGCACGCUCCAACACGAGCGCCCGCCACCAUCACCGCCGUCACAGCAGCGGUAUCAUGACCAAGGUCUUCCGCCGCACCUCAUCGAGCUGCUUGACAACGCCCCCGCCACCACCAUCACCGCAACCAAACAGCAUCUCCCAACAUCAACAGCAGCAGCAGCAGCAACAACAACAACAACAGCUCCCUUCAUGCCACUUCCAUCCUCAACAUGAUGGGGCCCAGCAGCCCUCCAGAGCGAGCCAGCAUCGCUUCCAACAUCCAGGCCCGAGCCCGGCGGUGCUCAAGACAAAGUCGUCCAUGUCGGCGCUCGUGACCAAGACGGCCGACCUCGUCGACGCCGCAGCCGAGUUCUGGAACAGGAGCGCGGCCAGCAUCAUGGACGGCACACUCGGCGGCGGGAAGAGGCGGAAGCGGAAGCUAAAGAGCAGUAUUCGGGUGUUGGGGGACGGGGGGCAGUUGUUGGCUCCCAAGUCAUCUUGAUGAUAGCCCUACUUGCUGCGAUUCCGGCCGUUUAAUGUAAAGUGGGGGAUUGCAAAAUGAAAAAGAAAAGAAUGGAGAAGGCUUAUCCCAGCAUUAACGAGCAAGUUUCCGACGGGAGCGAGAUAUGAGGGUAACACGCAUUUAAUUCAUUCAAGGGACCGAGCUCUGAAACGUUCCUGGCGGGCGAUCGAAUAUCUAGAAGCAACCGGGAUAGAAAAAUUCAACUGGACCAUUGUGUCUGGGAUCAAUGAGCCGCGUAGCGUACAUAACCU